AUGCAGACCAAGAGCCUCCUCUGGAUGGCGGCGGGGUCUGUCCCCUUCGCCCUGGCCCAGACCACCGUCGACGUUAUCGCGGUGACCACGGUCACGGAGGUCGUCACCGCCAUCGAGACCUACUGCCCCGGACCGACCACCAUCACCCACGGCACCCACACUUACACUGUUCUCCAGGCCGGCAUCUUCACCAUCACCGACUGCCCCUGCACCAUUACAGCUGUGAGUAUUCCCCCCCACCGGUCCGUCCCUGCUUCGGCGGCCAAUGCGACCCCCAGCCCACGCCGCCCCCGGGUGACGGCCCCGGCGGCCAAGCGCGCCCAGGCCCACCAGGAGGCCCACCAGGAGGCCCGCCAGGAGGCCCGCCAGGAGGCCCGCCAGGGGGUCCGCCAGGCCCGCCUUGCUGGGGCCCCGGCUGCCCCCACCCCCACCCGCCUCCUUGCUGGGGUCCCGACUGCCCGCCCCCGCCCCCGAGUGACGGCCCCGACGGUCCCGACGGCCACGCUCGCCCAGGCCCUCCAGGGGGUCCGCCAGGGGGUCCGCCAGGCCCGCCUUGCUGGGGUCCCAACUGCCCGCCCGCGCCCCCGAGUGACGGCCCUGACGGUCCCCCCCCGCCUCCGUGCUCCCACUGCCCGCCCUCGCCCCCGAAUGACGGCCCCGACGGCCCCGACGGUCCCGACGGCCACGCUCGCCCAGGCCCUCCAGGAGGUCCACCAGGCCCGCCUUGCUGGGGUCCCAACUGCCCGCCCGCGCCCCCGAGGAACGGCUCCGACUUCCACCCCCACCCCAACCCGCCUCCGUGCUGGGGUCCCAACUGCCCGCCCGCGCCCCCGAGUGAUGGUCCUGACAGUCCCCCCUCGCCUCCGUGCUCCCACUGCCCGCCCUCGCCCCCGAGUGACGGGCCCGAUGGUCCCGACGGCCACGCUCGCCCAGGCCCUCCAGGAGGUCCGCCAGGCCCGCCUUGCUGGGGGCCCGACUGCAACGCCGGGCGCCCAGGCCCGCCGGGUCCUCCGGGCCCCGUUCCACCCCCGAGUGACGGCCCCGACGGCCCCGACGGCCCCCACCCGCACCCGCCUGCUUGCUUGGGUCCCAACUGCGACGCCGCGCGCCCCGCCGACCGGCGGCGUGUCACCGCCCAUCGUCAUCGCCGGCGCCGGCCGUGUCCGGGACGGCCUGUCGGGGCUUGUCGUCGCCAUUGGCGCCGUCGCCAUGGCUGCUCUGUAG